CGCCGUCCACCCCCGCUUGUCUGCAGUGGUUCAGUCCGGAACUUGAGGCGUUGUGCGGGAACUCUAGUUUCAGUUGUCGUUAAACCUUGUUCACGGAGAGUCUUCAGAAUGAGGGCCAAAAAGGGCAGAAACACCAGAGCUGUUAAAGACCAGGAUCAGAAAGGUUCAGCUGUGGACCAUAUGGAGUCUCCCAACCUGUCUGCCAUAGAGAGAGCCAGCUUCAUGGAGGAUCUGCAGAGGAACUUUGGAAGCCCUCUGCACAGCACCGCUGUUGAAGAGGAAUUAGGAGUCACAGAGGAGCAGAAGGAGACAGCUGGGAGAAAAGAUGUCCUAAAGACGUCCAAAACUCUGGACAAAGGAAAGAGGAAGGAGACGGAGAGAGACGGGGAGGAAGAAGAGAUGACAAAGAAGAAGAGGAGGAGAAGCAGUGGAAGGAAAGUCACAGCGAGAAGGAAAAUUAACAACCAGCAGGUGAAACAGAGCCAGAAGACAGAGCGUCAGCCAGGACAAGAGAAGUCCAGAGCCCCUGAGCCACAGGACUCUGACGUGGAUCCCGUCUUAGGACCACAGAGGCCUGUCCUGUCAUCUGAUGAGGAGGUGGCUGAUGAAGGCACCAGCUGGGAACCAAGUCCUAAGAAGACCAGGGGCUCUGGUUUAGGAGGAACCAGGAAGUCUUCAUCUAGGAGAGUGUCUGCAUCAGGACGCUCCUCUGGUGAAUCAGACGAGGCUGACACGGACAAACGGAGGAGGAAGAACCGAGGAGGUCAGAGAGGAACGGAGCUGGAGGUUGUGUUGGACGCCUUCAGUGAUUUCUGUGAGCAGUACAGAGAGUCUGUGGAGUCUAAAGCUGUCAAACAGUCCAUCGAUUCAUUCUCCACCAAUGUUAAACAUCAGCUCAUGGAAAAGAUCUCUGCUCAGAAAGAGCUCCGAGGACUGAAGAGAGGAAACGUCCAGGUUGGUUCUAUGAUCCGUAAAAAGAUGCAGAGACUGUUGGACGCCAAACAUGAGAUGAUGAGGGCAGAGAGACAGUUGUUUCUGCAUCAGAAGGAGACAGAUGAACUCCAGCUCAGACUGGCAGAUCUCAGACAAGGUCAGGCCUUUCUCUGUGACCUCAGAGAUCUAAACCAGCGAUACCUGGACUACAGACACAAGCACCCCAGGAAGAAAGAGACGUACGGGACGUCCAGCGUGCCGGCCCUACAGUUGGAGAAAAAACUCGUAAAAGCAGCAGAACAUCAGUGUAAAGACAAAAAUAAUCCACAGGGAAAAAGACGGGAGAAGGAGCCUCAAGAAUGAUGCUCCACUGACUCACUCUCUCACAGCGCUGUUCAGAGCUCAGACCCACGGCCUCAGAGCAGAAAGUCUCAGAUGAUAUGGUUUCAGAGCGUGUUCUCUACGUGUUCUGUUGAUUCUGGAUCAUUCCUAAGUACUGUAGAUAUAAAACUGUGUAAUAAAUGUUAAAUAUAGAA